UGACCAACAAGAAACGGGCUUGUUCAACAGAAUCUGACACAGGAUUUGCCUCCGCGAGCCAAGGAAGGAACCCACGCGCAUACGGAGUCAUCAUGUGCCAAUUCGAGCCCGAGGCCGUAAGGCUCUCUCUCCCCGAACUCGGGGACAGACUACCCGGGCGGUGAGUGCAGGAGGUCUUCAAGGAAGUGACUCCACUAGGCCACACGGGGCUUAGUGUCAAAAAAUGGUCGGCAGUUUCGCACAAGUUAUUGCGCUCGACGAGCACAUGCAAGAGAAGUCUUUCCCACUCUGUCUCUUCUGAGCAACAGCUCCAUCGCCAUGGCUCCCAUCAGACCAGGAAGGAAACAGGAUGUCGCCAAGAAGCCUGCGGGCGGAAGUGGCACUUUACCCACAAACUCCAGUCUUUUCGAUGAAUUUCGCACAACAAAGAAGGACAAACGCCUGAUCAAGCAUGCCAGUUUCGUCUCCAAGAUUGAGAAGAGCUCGAAGAAGACCAACAAGCGUCGACGUGCCUCAAAAAAGCUUGUCACGAAUCUAGACUCCCUAGCGGACGCUUUACCUGAAGCCGAAGAAGAGUUGAACGACUCGAGUAACCAGGUGAAUAUCAUCAAGCAGAAGACUUUGAAGCAUAAGCCCGGUGCUAUGAAGCGCAAAGAAAAGCUGGAGAAACUGGAGCGCGAUAGAUUCUCACAGAACAUGGCACAAUUGUCAAGCAUGGAGGCGGCCGCUACAUCAAACGUCAAUGCGAUUUCCGAUACCAAUGCAGGUUCCAAUAGAUGGGCAGCGCUACGAAGCUUUAUAUCUCAGACAAUGGAACACCAACCUGCGUUCAAGACAAACAAAUGAGGCAAGAAAACGACAUUGGAGGCGCAGGCGUCUCGAUAGCGUCUGACUUGAUGAUAUGCCUAACUUGGAACAUAACGGCUAUGCUGGUGACUACUCCACGGAAGACACAG